AUGGACAAAUAUCGACCAAAGAGACCAACUACCCUGGCCCUGUUCCCACAGCUGCCACAAGCCGGCACCCAGGACUCCAUCAACAACAAUUCUUUAGGCAAGGACAGCUGGAAAGACUCCCACUCUUCCUCCCCACAUAUCACAGGGGAUCUCGCUCCACCAGAUGUCCAACCAAAAGCUGAGGACAAAGUCCAGCACAGCACUCAGCGCCGGCCAGCACCCAAACCUCCAACAGCCAAUGUAUCCAACAGCAGAGCCAAUGGUCAGGCUGCUGCCACUGGCUCAGACACACGAGCUCGACCACGGGAACAAUCAAUGCCUGCAGCUAUGCAUACACAGUCUUCCCGCACACUAAGGAGCCAGAGGAGAGCAGGAAGUGGAGGAGGAAGAGGGGGAGGAAAAGGAGCAACAGCGAUGAGAGACAGGGGCCUGGGCGACCUCAGAGGAAAAGAUGGAGUGAUAGAUAGAAGAGGAGGACGACCGUGUGAAGAGUCAAAAACAAAAGACAAGAAUGGACAUCAGAGGCCAAGGGAAGAAAACGGACUGAAAGGCCGAGCAGCUGAUGGGAGAGGAAAAGGAGGUACUAAAGGAGGCAACAGAGGAAGCGCCUUAAAGUCGAAUAAAACUCUGUCUAAUAAGGAAGUCUAUCUGCCCGCUAUGGUGGUGCCACGCACACCCAUAGUACAGAGAAACCUGGAGACAACAAACCAAGACCAGAACCAUGACAGGACCCAGGACAACCCCUCUGUCCUGUCCCGGUCCAGCAGUGAGGGGGGGUCCAACAGGAUGUCCCUUAGCUCAGACACAGAAGGACCCCCAUCAGGGCCUCUGCAUCCCUCUCUGUCCUACCGAACUAACCCUGACAUCAGUGAAGAAGAGGGGGAGGGAGUUCCAACUCCAUGCCUAAACUUACAGAAUGAUUUAACGUGCUGUCCCACAGGUAACAGCAAAACGGACUGUACCACUGAAACAGGGGUAGACCCCGAGAAAGAAAAGGGUGACAAUAUCAUGGCCUCUGUGGUUAAUCACACUGUAUCAAUCAGUGAAACCUCAACAGGGUUAAAUUAUGACUCUGUCAAAUAUACUCUGGUGGUGGAUGAACAUGCUCAGCUGGAGCUGGUGAACCUCAAGGACUGCUUGAAUGGUUACAACGAGCACAAUGAGGACAGUGAUGCAGAAACGGUCUAUCAGUCAGCCAAUGAGGAUGAAGACCCACAGUAUGUGGAGGAGAAGAAGAAAAAUGAGGAAGCAAAAAAGAAAGAGAGGAGGGAAGUGGCAGAAAAAAGAAGAAAUGAGGAAGAUGUGAAGAAGAGGAGGGAGGAGGAGGUGAAGAGGAGCAGGGAAGUCAUGCCAAGAUUCUGCAAGCUGUCCAAGGUAACAUCAUCCACAACGUCAGAGGAAGAAGAGUCGAAUGGUGGAAGAGCUUGUGCUCCCAUAAGCAGAAAGUUCCUCAACCUGUUUGCCAAGAACGACAGCCAGAACAGUGCCACAGGUGCUGGCUCGUUUGGUGUGUUCUCCUGUGUUCUGGAUGGAGUGGAGAGGCAACAGAGUCACAGAGCUGUCUACAGGUCAGCACACAUGAACUUACACAGAUUAACUGUGCCGUGUGCAAAGAGUCACAUGAAUCUGAAAUCCUGUACUUUUUCUCUCUAUGGUUUUAGGUUUGUUCCUCGUCAUGCAGAUGAGCUGGACCUUGAAGCAGAUGACCCUAUCUUAAUGUUGAACCAGUCUAAGGACCUAUGGUGUCAGGGUUACAACAUGAGGACUGGGGCUAUAGGCAUUUUUCCUGCCUUUUAUGCUGUCAGGGUGCCCAAAGAAAUUGAGCAAGUUCAAAAGGAUGGUUGGAUUGAGAAGUUCCUGGUGCAAUAUCUGGGCUCCGUUCAGGUUCCCAUCUACACAGGCAAAGAUGUGCUGUGUGCUGCAAUGCAGAAGGUAGCAUACAACAGGCGGUCAGCGGGUCAGCCUCCAUCAGCCUGUGCACUGGAAGUCAGUGUGAAAGGGGUGAAGAUGAGUGUCCAGGAUCAGUGUCACUCUGCUCACAGGGGGGACCAGUGCUUCCAUUUCUUCCAGUUGAAAAAUAUUUCAUUCUGUGGCUGUCAUCCAAAAUACAGCAGGUACUUUGGCUUCAUCACCAAGCACCCUGACCAGCAGCGCUUUGCUUGUCAUGUCCUGAUGUCACAAACAACUUUACAUCCUUUAGCAGAAUCUGUCGGGAGGGCAUUCCAGCAGUAUUACAAGGAGCACGUCGGCUACUCCUGUCCCACUGAAGACAUCUUCAUUGAAUAAUGCCUCCUGUCCGUCCAUUCUAUGAAUUUAAUAUUCACUAUGUGCAUGUAAGCCUGGUCUUAUAUACCACCAACUGGAUUACCAAUAUAUCUUUGCAUGGUGGAUUAUUUCUUUUCUAAGCUGCAUCCACUAAUACAGCAAGCUUCUCCUUCUUUUGGCCAUAUCACAAUAUGAAUAACUCUAUGGAUUGAUAGGGUCACAUGGGAUUUUUCAAGCCACAGAAAGUUACCAAUAGUUAAACAGAGAUAUUGAAUACUAAUGCAUUUUAUUUGCAAAAAUGAUCUUAAUUAACUAUGCAUGGAUAUUGCAUAUAUACAGACUACCUUCAGAGCUGCUCUAGCCCACAAAGCCAAAUCUCAGCAACUACAAAUGUUGUGAGAAAAAAUCUGAAUCAUCUUUCUGAUAUUAGCAAUUACCAUACAAACAAUCUGGCACCAUAGAAACAUGUCAAUAUCUGUCAAUGAUUGUAAGCAAUCUAAUGACACAAUGUUUAAAUAACAGUGUUAGUCGUUGAAUCACAUAACAUUGUAGGAGCUCAAAUAAAACACAUGAAUAAAAUCUCAUAAGAUUUAAAGUCGUGGUCCUAAAAACUAGCUGGAAGUGCAGCUUCUGAUUUUAUUUGAUUAAGCAGCCUUUGAAGUACAUAUUUAAAUGUUCAGAGAUACAUAUAUUUAACUUUAGCUCAUACGUUCUGGGCAACAAAGCUUUAAGCAGAAUAAAAAUUAAAUUAUAUAACUUAAAUAUUUGUUAGAUUGUUUAAGAGCCUUAAAUUUAAGAGCCAGGUUGCUGUGGUUCAGGUAGGAGAGCAGGUGUCGACCAAUUUGGUUGGUAGAUCGAGCCCUGGCUCCUCCAGUCCACAUGUCAAAGUAUCCUUGGACGAGACACUCAACCCCAAGUUGCCCCUGAUGCAUCUGUGUGAAUGUGUAAUUGGGUGAAUAAGACUUGUGGUAGAAAGUCCUUUGAGUGCUCAUAUUGAGUAGAAAAGAGCUAUAUAAGUACCAGUCCAUUUAACAUUUAAUUGCUGUUUGCAUAAGUAAUCAUGUAUGACUUUUUAGGGUUAGUAUGAAGUUCAAUGAAAACAAAAAUUUUAAAUAAAUUCUUCCUGAACUUGCAAAGAGUGCGCAAAAGAAAAAAGUCACAUUGAUGAUUGAUUAUUCACAAAGAAAAGCAAACAACCACAAUUAACAGCAAAAUCACCCAAAAGAGACUUCAAAUAGACACAAAACAACUACCAAGAGAUGCAAGACGUAGGUGAGAGAACGUUUAAAUGUAUUUAGGGGCUCAUAGUCUCAGGAUGAAUCUAUCCAUUAGGAUUCAUGCUGUGGAAAGCAUGAUCAUUGACCACUCACAUGGCAGUCUGUCAACUAUUUGUAUAGUCUAUGAAACUGAUGGGUGACACUACACAGUUCAACAAAUGGAAAAACAAAAAAAUCUGGUUCUUCUAGUUAAACAAAUCUAGACAUUUUUACUGAUUUCCUCUUUUAGAGUGGGGAAAAAAAUUAUGCGAUGCCCUGCUGAAUUUGUAAAGUUUACUCGCUUAUAAAGAAAUGAACACUCUCAGAUGUUUAUGGUAGUUUCAUUUUAAUGGAGAAAG